AUGGGGUUGAUCCGAGUGGCUAGAGGCAGAGUCAGUACCUGCUUGCGGUCUAGGGGCGUUGCCAGGGCUAUACGGACAGUUACCAGGCCACUCCAUGUCACAACGCUGCCUCCAGUGGCCCGCCGCAUGCAAAUCCGGUUAGACCCGGUCCAAAUCCGGCCACCGGUUGCACUGAAGGAGGGGCAGGGGUUGGACAGCUCGUGGUGUGGUGAAAACGUGGGUGAGAAAGCGGUUGUGCUCGGCAGCUACACGGCCGCGACGGAGGAGGACUGUGAUAUCUCCUGUCCACCAGAGUUCAAGUCCCAGACUUGCCUCAUCUUCGUCGUCCCCAGCAGCGCCGGCCAUGGCCUCCUCCUGGUCGACCGGCCUCUUCGGCUGCUGCGACGACGUCAGCAGCUGCUGCCGGAACCUCAUCUUGCUGUGUGCGCGGGACGGCGUACAUGCUGCUGGCGUGGGUGGGUAUGCUGCUACCGCUCCAGGAUGCGGGAGCAGUACGGGCUCAAGGAGAAGCCCUGCGCCGACUGCUGCGUCCACUUCUUCUGCGAUCCCUGCGCCAUCUGCCAGGAGUACCGCGAGCUCAAGAGCCGUGGAUUCGACAUGAGCCUCGGGUGGCACGACAACAUCGAGAGGAUGGGGAAGAGCGCUCCCACCGCCGCGCCUCAGGCUUACCCGGGGAUGACUCGCUAGCUGAUCAUGUGUCCGCAUGCACCGAUGUGUCCAUGCAUGCAUAGUGUCAGCUUCCAGUUCCAGCUCAGGAAAAGACAUGCCAGUCUACCACCAAGCUUCUACUUUCUGUAUUGUGUUGUGUCGCGAGUUAGUUCAUUUGAUUGAGUUUGUCAUCGUGUGUGUUCCUUUCUGUUGUUGCAACUAAUUUUCCAUCCUUCCAUUCCCAA